AGUAGCCUAGGCUAUUGGUACGUUCUGUGGUGAUUCUGUAGACAGAGAGAGGUAGAAGAGAGGAAUUCGCUCUAUAAUGAGAGUACCGAGCGGCGCUGUGCACGCAGCCAGAGAAAAGAGACUGAGAACGAAGGGAAGAAAAUAAGAAAAAAAGUGGGGAUACAUUUGAAGCACAAAACAAGGAAAAGCCAAGGAGGGACACCGACCCGAAACGAAACAAACCGCUGCAAUUGACAAUCAACCAAAGGAUUGCUAAUUAUUCCCGUUAUUGACGCGCAAACUAGGCUAUUUCUAGGGGAAUUGAUGGUGUCUCCACAGAGCAGAAGUCUAACGGACCUUGCCGAGGGGAGGAAUUCGAAUGCACUCGGUUGAAUCAUGCUGAUGUUGUUGUGGAUAAUAACUUUGGCUAUCAGUUUUAACAAAGUGGGGACUGUGAGGUUCUCUCAGGAGCCAGCGGACCAGUCUGUUGUUCUGGGGGGGAAGGUGGUUCUGUCCUGUGUCGUCUUCAACUAUAGCGGCAUUGUACAGUGGACCAAGGAUGGACUAGCACUGGGCAUCGGAGAGGACCUCAAGGCCUGGCCCAGGUACCGUGUGCUGCGGGUGAUAGACGUGGGCCAGUAUAACCUGGAGAUCUCUGCCGCUGAGCUGUCCGAUGACUCCCUGUACGAGUGCCAGGCCACAGAGGCUGCCCUGCGCUCCCGGAGAGCCAAACUCACCGUCCUCAUCCCUCCUGAUGACCCAGUGAUCGAGGGCUUUCCAGAGAUUCUGCUGAGAGCCAAUGCCUCGUACAACCUGAGCUGUGUGUCCCGCGGGGCCAAGCCACUGGCCCUCAUCGAGUGGCAGCGGGACGGCGUGACCCUGGAGGGAGCUUUUAGCUCCACCGAGGUUCUCCCAGAUAGAAAGAGGGUGACGACCCGGAGCUUCCUGCCCAUCAUCCCUGAGGACAAAGACACAGGACGCAACUUUACCUGUGUGGCCAGCAACCGGGCUGUCCCCAUGGGCAAACGCACCACUGUCACCCUCAACGUGCACCACCCCCCCAAGGUGAACCUAUCCAUGGAGCCUCAGUCUGUCCUGGAGGGAGAGAGAGUCACCUUCACCUGCCAGGCCACCGCCAACCCCCCCAUCAUGGGCAUCCGGUGGGCGAAGGGUGGUGUCCUCCUGGAGGGGAUGAGAGAGAGCGUGCUUGUGACCACAGCAGACCACUCCUUCCACACCGAGCCGGUUUCCUGCUCAGUCUUCAACGCUGUGGGUCACACCAACCUCAGCAUCCUGGUCAACGUACACUAUGGUCCUAUCCUGAAGGGGGCGCCCACGCCGAUUACGGUGGACAUUGACUCUGACGCCAAACUCAACUGCAAGUGGACCGGGAACCCUCCUCUUACACUCACCUGGACCAAGAAGGGCUCUAGCAUGGUCCUCAGUAACAACGAGGAGCUGGUCCUGAAGUCAGUGAGCCAGGUGGAUGCGGGUCAGUACGUGUGUAAGGCCAUCGUCCCCAGGAUUGGAGUGGGAGAGACUGAGGUCACUCUUGCAGUCAACGGCCCUCCCAUCAUCUCCAGCGAACCGGUCCAAUACGCAGUGAGAGGGGAGAAAGGGGAGGUCAAGUGCUACAUCGCCAGCACCCCUCCACCUGACAAGAUUGUGUGGGCGUGGAAGGAGAACGUGUGGGAGAAGGAGAAGGGGACUCUGCUGGAGAGGUACACGGUGGAGCAGAGUAAACCUCACUCCCAGGGAGGGGCUGUCCUCUCCACCCUCACCAUCAACAACGUCAUGGAGGCUGACUUCCACUCGCCAUACAACUGCACCGCCUGGAACGCCUUCGGACCCGGGACCAUGAUCAUCACCCUGGAGGAGAAAGAGAUAGUACCAGUGGGGAUUAUAGCUGGUGGAACAGUUGGAUCCUCCAUCCUGCUCCUGAUCUUUCUCCUGGCUUUAGCCUUCUUCCUCUACCGCCAACGGAAGGGCAGUCGUCGUGGGGUCACUCUGGGGAAGCCAGACAUCAAGGUGGAGACGGUAAACAAGGAGACACACAGUCUGGAGGAGGAGUCAGGGAGCGUUUCCACGGCAACGCGCAUGGUCAAGGCCAUGUAUUCCUUUCUGCCCUCUGUCUCUCUCUCUCCCUCCACUCAGCCAUUCAAAGACGAUAUGGAUCUGAAGCAGGACUUGCGCAGUGAGCUCGAUACCCGCGAGGAGUACGAACUCAAGGACCCAACAAACGGCUACUAUAACGUCCGUGCGACCACCCACGACGAGGCCAGGCCGUCCUCCCACUCCAUGCUAUACCAGGGAGAGUUCCGAACCUCCAACCCUCCAGGGGGAGCUACAGGUGCUACCUCCAGUGGCCCAGCAGGGGGUCCUGGCGGGGCGGUGGCUGCAGGAGGGGUCCCGGGAGUCCCAGGGUCAAGGGCAGGGUGCUAUGACCCCCGAGCACCAUCCAGGAUGUCUCACACAAACUACCCCCAGUUCAACACCUUCACCAGGGCGGGCCAGAGCCAAGUCCUGCCCAACACCAACCACCCUUCCCACCCCUCCCACCACUCCCACCCUGCCUCACAGACCAGCGACUUCCCCGGAGACUGCGGCCUAUUGGACAACAACACUCAGCUGACCUAUGACAACUAUGGCUACCCCGCCCAGUACCCUACCUAUCGGAUGGGCUUUGCCCCGCCCCUGGAAGGAGGGCCGGCCUAUGAGGUGUACCCAACUGGACAAGGGGUGGGACCAGGGCCAGUGCAAGGACCAAUCCAAGGCCAAGGCCCAUGUCCGGGUCCGGGUCCGGGUUCUGAAACUGUGCUGGGGAAGUAUGGGGCCACCUGCUUCUCUUACACCUCUCCUCCUGGUACCGACUACUCUCCUCCUGGUACCGACUACUCUCCUCCUGGUACCGACUACUCUCCUCCUGGUACCGACUACUCUCCUCCUGCUACCGACUACUCUUCUCCUGGUACUGACUACAAUCAGAGACACACUCAGAGGAUGCAGACACACGUGUGAGAGAGAUGUAUUCUGUAGUACACAGUGAUACUUGUUUUCAUACACGUGUACAUACAUAUAAACACACACGCACACGCACACACUUGUUGGAGAGAAACAGAAAGAUACACUUCUGCUCUCUAUGCUUUCUCUAUCGCAUACAACACACAAACAAACGCAAACAAUCUGACACAGUUUCUCUCAAACGUUCUAUUGUGUGCAAUCUUCAACUCCAAGAACUGAAAAAGCCACAAUCAAGAGAGAGAGAGAGGGGAGAUAUGACAUGAUAAGAGAGAGAGAGAGAGAGAGAGAGGCUGGGAGUAUUUUCCUUAAACUAAGAGGGGAUUCAACAGAGUUUGAUUUACUUAAACGCUGCUGGAGAGCGUCCAGAUCCAUCUUUUCUCUAUGGGACUCUCCAUCCAUCUCUCUUUCCUCUCACCCCAUCUCUGUAUAUAAUGUUAUUUUAACCUUAGUAUAACCUUGUAUAAACAUACUGUAGACAGAUACAGCUGCUGAACUAUUCUCCGUAUUAUGCAUUCCUUUUACACUCCUUUAAAUCCACAGAGAAACACACACACACACACACACCCUCUUACAUGUUGAACGAGACAGUGUUGCGUCCCUGCUGUGCUGAGGCAAGGCGACAGCUUGUACUCCGUAUGUGGAGCUCUUUUUAACCUGCUUGUUCUCGAUGCCAUCACAAACUUCUCAACCGGCAUGGCCAAAGGGCUUCAAGAAGUUAAGGAAAGUGAAAUAUGGGUUGUGUCCCAAAUGGCACCCUAAUCCCUAUGUAGUGCACUACUUUUGACUAAGGCUCAUAGGGCUCUGGUCAAAACUAGUGCACUAUAUAUGGAAUAGGGUGCCAUUUGGGACAAAGGCAAGGCAUCAUUGUAUAACAGCCUUUACACCAAUAUGGCGAUUUGACAUCUGAGAAGAAAGAGACAGAAUGAUCUUGUGCUUGACACCUAGAACGUACAGUGAGGUACCUCUCUCCAUGGUACAGUGAGGUACCUCUCCAUGGUACAGUGAGGUACCUCUCCAUGGUACAGUGAGGUACCUCUCUCCAUGGCACAGUGAGGUACCACUCUCCAUGGUACAGUGAGGUACCUCUCUCCAUGGUACAGUGAGGUACCUCUCCAUGGUACAGUGAGGUACCUCUCUCCAUGGUACAGUGAGGUACCUCUCCAUGGUAACAGUGAGGUACCACUCUCCAUGGUAACAGAGGUACCUCUCCAUGGUAACAGUGAGGUACCUCUCCAUGGUAACAGUGAGGUACCUCUCCAUGGUAACAGUGAGGUACCUCCAUGUCCAGAAGAGGUGUAUGUGUGGACUAUAUGGACAAUGAAAUAUGUUUUUUUAUACAGUAUACCACUUACAGUAUAUAGGGUAACCUAUAGGGGAAGAACGGCGCUGUAGCAGGCUUCUUCAAAUGCUUCUUCCUCCUCCUCUGUAUUUUCUAUCUCAUUGCAAUACAUAUCUACCCCACAUUUCACCCACCUGAGGUCAAUACGGUGUGUUUGGGAAGCGGGGGAAAGAGCUUUUUGUAAUAAAAUGAAUCUCUACAGUUUGUACAAAUUCCCCCAACCCCCCCACCCUCAAAUAUUACUGUAUUUGUCUCUGUCACUUGCACAGUAGAGUAGAUAUUUUUCCCAUAUUUAUACCUAAAUAUAAAACAAAUAUAUAAAAAAAAAGAAUGGCAUUUAGAAACAUUUUAUAGUAUUUUUAUAAGGGGUUGCAGUCCAAAGGUUCAGCGUUUUGGGUGACAUUCACUUUUACAAUUCGAUGUUGUGAAUCUUCUGUGUCAAGGUUCAUUAAUUAUUGAUGUUUUAUCUGGUCAUGCUGUUGUAGACUGUGUUUGCGUCCCAAAUUGCAACCUAUUCCCUACAUAGUGCACUACUUUUGACCAGAGCCCUAUGGGCUCACUGGCUCACCAUAGGCCUCUUGUCAAAAGUAGUGCGCUAUAUAGGGAAUAGGGUGCCUUUUGGGAGGUAGUUAUGAUGGUAGUCUUGAAAGGAGGACAUGGUUUACACGAAAGCAUCAAGAGCUCUUGGAGGAAAGGAAAAUUGUACUUUACUUUGAUGCUGGAUAUGGUAGAGUUUUGAGAUUGGUGUUGAGUGACCAAUGCUGGUGCUGUCUGUCCAGUAGCCUUGCAAAAGUAUUCAUCCCCCUUGGCGUUUUUUCCUAUUUUGUUGCAUUACAACCUGUAAUUUCA